CACACGGCCAUAUAAACCUCAGCAUUCUCUUCUGCCACCGCUCCCCCACUCUCUCGUCUGAUGGAGUGCAAGGCGGCGAGCGAGUCGUCUUCGUCCUCGUCCGCUCCCUCUUCUUCCAUGGAUAGCUGUGGCGCCGGCGGGCCGCGGGCGACGGUCUCCACGGCGUCGUCCUGCUACCGGCCGGCGAUCCACAGGGACCUAAGCACGGACCUUCACCUCGGGCUCAGCCUGCGGUCGUGCUCCUCCUCCUUCCACACGGCUGACGGCGUCUCCGCUUCCACUCCAAGGAGCACCCUGACGACGACGACGAUGAGGCCAGCGGCGCCGUCGCCGGAUCCGGCGUACGAGAGAGGCGGCGGCGGCAGCCAUGGGCAGCAGUCGCUAUUUGUGAAGGUGUACAUGGAGGGCGUCCCCAUCGGCCGGAAGCUGGAUCUGCUGCUGCUGGACGGCUACGACGGACUCCUCGCCGUCCUAGGCCGCAUGUUCAAGGCCUCCAUCAUACAUCCGGAUACCGUCGGCCGUGAUCACCGAGUGGUUCUUGGGGAGAAGCAGGCUCGCCAUGUUGUCACUUAUCAAGACCAGGAGGGGGACUGGCUGAUGGCCGGGGACGUGCCGUGGGAGCUAUUCCUGGCGGGUGUGAAGAAAUUGAAGAUUGCAAGGGUGGAUAGUAGCAUCUCUGAUUGAUUCAACGAGGGCGACUCAUGUGGCCUCCAUUCCUGGGUGUGCUUGGAUUUCAUUAAUUCAUUUAUUUGGGGGGUUAAGAUGAGAUGGUUAUCUCUUGGUGAAGUCGGCUGCUUCAUAAUGUACAGUCUGCAAAAAGUGCGGGACAUAUUCUUGAAAAAAAGGCAACACAUAUAUAAUACUUUUUUUAAACUAUUUUC